AUGGCAGAAGCGGGCAGCGGCGGCGUCUUCAGCGAAUGCUCCAUCGCCUUUGUGCCGAGCACGUCGCUCGCGCCCAGGCUGAUAGGCGAGCUGUCGCACGUCCUCGAGGACAACGGCGCGUCUGUUUGCGAGCCGCGACGCGACGGCUCCAUCCCCAUCGAGCGCGUGACGCACAUCGUCUCCAACACCAUCGACUUCCCCCAGUAUGUCGAGUCGCAGGCCAUCAUGAUCCCCGUCGUCACUAUGCAGUGGAUCACGGCGUCGAUUGCCCGCCGCAAGCAGGCCCAGGUCCGCCCCUUUUCCCCGGACCCGCGCAUGAUCUUUGCCGAGGUCGUCGUCAGCUGCGCAGAUCUGCCCAUCAUGGACAAGGAGAGCAUCGUUGGCGCUACCAUGGCCCUCGGCGGCCAGGAGACCAAGGAUGCCAGUCGUUUGACGACGCACAUCUGCGCGCUGCACAUGGACGAUCCCAAGGUGACCCAUGCCGUGAAAAGGGGUUUCAAGGGCAAGGUCGUCUUGCCGCACUGGUUUGACGACUGCUUCAAGCUCGGAAAGCGCAUAGACGAGGGCCCCUACCUGCUGCCAGACCCCGAGAUCCUGAAGAAGAGCCCCGAGGACGAGCUUAGGAUUCCGGUAAACACAAACCUGACCGAUGCCACCUCGGUCAACCCGCAGUGGGUGCCGCUCCCGUCCGACAGUGAUGCCGUUCGCCCCCCGGCCACCGUCUUCCAGGCCCGGAGACUUCUCCUCUCCAAGGACCUCAACAUAUCCGCCCGCCUCACCAAGAUCGUCGAGGAGAUCGUCGUGCACGGGGGAGGCAGGAUGGUCGAGGACGUGGACGAGUGCGACAUGUUCAUCUGCCAAUAUCGCGAUGGGCCCCAGUACGUCCAAGCGUCCCGCUCGUGCAAGGACGUGGGCAGCCUGUCGUGGCUCUUCUACCUAAUUGUGCAUAACCAAUGGCGCAACCCCCUCCAUCGGUUGCUGCACUACCCGAUUCCCCGGGACGGUAUCGAGGGCUUCAAGGGCCUGCGAAUUACCGUCUCCAACUACGGAGGCGAGGCCCGCGUCUACCUCGAGAACCUCAUCAGGGCCUGCGGCGCCGAGUUUACAAAGACGAUGAAGGCCGACAACACCCAUCUCGUCACGGCGCGCGACACGAGCGAAAAGUGCAAGGCCGCCCCCGAGUGGGGCGUCGCCGUGGUCAACCACAUCUGGCUCGAGGAGAGCUACGCCAAGUGCGAGAAGAAGCAGAUCAACCUCGCCAAGUUCAACCACUUCCCGCCGCGGACGAAUCUGGGGGAGAUUAUCGGUCAAACCUUUUUCGACGAGUCCAGGCUCCGGGAGUUGUACUACCCCGGCGGCGAGGAGGCCAUGUCGCCCCGGGCCAAGAGGAAGCGCAAGAUCCUCGAGGCGGCAGAGGACAAUGCGUACCACAAGGGCCCGGCCGAGGGCGUCGUCAUCGGGCGGCCUCCCGACCAGGGGCGCGACUUUGACGUGAUGCGAGACGACGCGGCCGCCGACGGCCAGCAGGCCAAGUCGCGUACCAGCCACACCGCCGUCGAGACGCCGGUUCGGUCGCGUCCGCGCACCCUGGGCAAGGAGAACGACAGCCCCUCGGUCCUGUCCACGGGCGGCCGCAGCGCCAAGGCCAAAGCCCGGGACAUGCUGCAGUACAUUGCGCCGGACAUUGCCCUGUACGAGAAGGAGAAGAAGCGGCAGAACAAGGCGGGCGCUCCGUGGGGUGGCAAGAGAGCCACCGACUUAGCCGAACGGGAACACAACGUCAAGCUGGCGCGGAAAGCGUCACCGGACGAGGAGCACGACGAAGCCAAGAGGCCGGCCAAAAAGGCCCGUCCUUCGCUGCCCGAAGUCGAGAUGCGCAUCGUCGUGACUGGGUUUGCGAGAUGGGUCGGGGACAAGAACAAGGAGGACAGUGAUAGGCGAAGGCUACGUGACCUCGGCAUACAGAUUGUCCAGGAAGGCCAGCCCUGCGACUACGUCGCCGCGCCCAAGGUCGUCCGCACCGUCAAAUUCCUCUGCGCACUGGCGCGGGGGGCCACGGCGCUGACGACGGAUUUCGUCGAGGCCGUCCUCGAGAGCGGCGAGGUCCCCGCCCCAGACGACUAUGUCCUCCGGGACGAAGCAGCCGAGAAACAGUACAAGAUGAAUCUACAGAAAUCCGAGGGCCGGGCCAAGUCAAAUAGGGGCAGACUUCUUCAGGGCAUUCCCAUAUUCUGCACGGAAAAGGUGCGCAACGGGCCCGAGAGCUACCGGGCCAUUGCCGAAGCCAACGGCGCCAUCUUCAAGCUGUACCGAGCGCGCAGCGGCACGAUCAUCAAGCCAACGACUGCCGAGGAGGACGGUAACGCGCCGCCGGAACCUGUGUAUCUCCUCAGCACUAUUGGCACUGAGGAGCAGCAGAUGUGGCCGCGCUUCAAGGACAUGGCCGCCAAGGGCAACAUGGAGCCGCGCAUAGUGGCCCCGGACUGGCUCCUCGACGUCGCCAUGGCGCAGCAGGUGCGCUUCGACGACAGGUUUCUGGUGGAAAAUUUCCACAAGGACGAGCUGAAGUGA